AUGAUGACAGAUGAGAUAGAUUUCAUCGUCCACCAGGAGACGAUUCGUCACAACGCAUACCCCUCCCCCCUGAGAUACGGGGGGUUCCCCAAAUCAGUCUGCACCUCUGUCAAUAAUGUGGUCUGCCAUGGAAUACCUGACACCCGGCAACUGCAAGAUGGAGACAUUAUCAACGUUGAUGUGACUGUCUAUCUGGAGGGUUACCAUGGUGACACCUCAGAGACAUUCCUGAUUGGCUGUGUGGAUGAGGUGGGGCGAAAGCUAGUGAAGACAGCCAUGAAGUGUAGAGAUGAGGCCAUUGCUGCCUGUAAACCUGGGGCUCCACUGUGUGUUAUAGGUAACACUAUCAGUGAUAUAGCCCACUCCAAUGGUUUCCAUGUGUGUCCCUACUUCAUUGGACAUGGCAUAGGCUACUACUUCCAUUGCCAUCCUGAGAUCUGGCACCAUGGUAAGAGUUGGACAAAUGACAAUGAUAUGACCAUGGACGAAGGGAUGACUUUCACUAUAGAUAGGUCACCCAUAUUGAUGGAAGGAUCAUCAGAGUUCAGAAUCCUGAAGGACAAGUGGACAGCAGUGUCUGCAGACGACAAGAGGUAG